GAAAAAAUUAAAUGUUGAUGGGAGAUGGUUCCUACCUAUGACAUGUAUUCCCCUACAGCUAGACACCAAAGUUCAACUUAUGCAUUAACCCAAAACUAUGGACAUCAUCAAACUUACUCUCAAUAUACGGACAAUAUCAAUUUCAAUCCAUGCGGAGUUAUGGACAAUGGCAUGAACAAUAACUACCAACAAAAUCUGCCGAGUUCUUGGCCUAUAUACACGGUGUCGCCUUCCAAUAACCCAUCGCGCCAGCAUGUCCUUUUAGAGGACUGGAUGCCCCUAACAACCAGUCCAAAUAAUUACCAAACACAAAAUGUGAUGCAUUUUUCAACUGAUAAUACACAAACUUUUCAUCUUCAGAGGAAUAUCGGCGAUGUCGGACCAGCUGAUUAUUCCCUAACCAGCUCUGAACACAUGAGAAUCCAGGAAAAAUUGGAACCUAGUUCAGAAACCCACGAACAUCCAAGUUCUGAUUCUAUUGUUGCAGUUUCCAGCGAUGGUAUGAGUGGUACUGAAUCACCUAUUUUGCCAAUCCAUAUGAAUCAUUCUACGGGUAAUGUUCUUUGUCGACCUCAACCGGCCCGCAGUCCAUAUGAAUGGAUAAAAAGGACGUCUUAUCAGAGUCAACCUAAUCCAGGCAGAACCAGGACAAAAGACAAAUAUCGAAUUGUGUACACAGACCACCAACGGUUAGAGUUGGAAAAGGAAUUCCAUUAUAGUCGUUAUAUUACAAUAAGAAGGAAGGUGGAAUUGGCUGCAUCCCUUAACCUUUCAGAGAGGCAGAUCAAAAUAUGGUUUCAAAACAGAAGAGCGAAGGAGAGGAGGCAGGCAAAGAAAAGAGAAGAACUUUUGCAAAAGAACAAAGAUGCUCAAGUGGUUUAUCAACACACUAGCGCUCUAAAUAUAGCAAAUAUUAGUAUCUACUGACUGUUAAAUAAGUGUUAAUAAAAGGCAACGCUCGAUGUAAAUGCGAAUCACCAUCUGAUUGUAGGCACCAAAACAUCUUCGAAUGGGGCUUUUUGUGUGUCUGUUCUAUUUAUCUAAAUUUCUUUUAAAAGAAGCAAUUCUUUUUUAGUUUUAUAGAUAAAAAAAAGACCUGAAACUUACAUAAAAACGAUAAAAUAAAUAAAUUUCUAUUAAAUAAUAAUAAAA